UGUCUCUCUUUCCUUCCUGCUUUCACGUAGUUCAUUAGCUGUUCUUGCCACGACCUUGACGACUCACUCUCAGUUGCUCUCGACCGAAAUCUGACGCCAUGAAACCGAGAGACUACUGUUGCUGCGCAAUACCUGUCGUCUAUGCUGGAAUCUACAUCGCGCUGCUUGAGCAGUUCGUCCUUGGUGUAACGGCUGGGGUGCUGUCUAUCGCUACGACUGAUAUCGUUGGAGCGUCCACCCCCUCAUUCGCGAAGUGGUUAUUUGCCAUAAUCUGCUGGAUCGCCGCUGGCGUUCAGAUUUUUGGUUUCGUAGCCGUACGCCAGGAGCGCCCUAUCUUCUACCGCCGAUAUGUCACCCUCCACUGCCUGCUUACAGUCGCCGCAUUCGGCGUCGGUGCGGCUUGGGUCAUCCUCUCGGCCACCCGUCACAAGCAGGCUCAGUCGAAGUGUAUCGCCGAUUUCUUCGGGAAUACUAUCUCUGCCAACAACUCCGAGGGCCAGACAUUGUGCGACAUCUUCCCGUGGGUUGACGUCGGCAUCAUGGGCGGGCUGUGGGUCCUGUUCGCGAUCGUUCAGACAUACCUUUACGUCGUCGUAUCCUCGUUCGGCAAGGGGCAACGGCGUGAUCACACGAGAUACUCGUCGCUUCUGAACGAGUCCAGCAAGUCGAUGACUAUCCCCUUGACAGAUCGUGGUGCGUGGGACCCGCGCACUUCCAUGGAAAACCUUGUUCAGCCCAGCGGCCACGCACGCCACGACAGCGACGCCAGCGUAGCGACCGUGAUGGCCGACAAGCCUCAGGGCUACUCCGACUACCCGCCCCACGUCCCGGGGAACGCCUAUACCCAGGAGCCCGGCCCCACCCCCCGCGUAUACGACAGCUACUACGAUAACUAUAAUGCCACCGGCGGCGUAGGCUACCCCGAGCGUAGCCAGGCCCAUCCUGGUGAGUUGUAGAUAGGAGCUCGCGCCAUUCCCACCCUUCUCGCGACUGUCCCCCGGGCAGACGUAGAUGCGGAAGGGUCGUUCAGGCGCAAGACUCCCAGAGCGCAGAAAGCAUCGGAAGACUUCAAUGUUUAUAACAACGCAUAUGGCAGUCGAUACUAGCGUACUCGUUACGAUACAUAGUCAGUGUGGCGCGGUCGGACAUGGACAUCUUGGACUAUUCACCGUUGUGUAAUUGACAUUUGCUUUCGAGCAAUUUGCAUCCGAUAUUUUCAAAAUGGACUAGCCUGCAGCAUUGUGAAAGAGCGUUGACGCUUGAUUGCUAUACAGUACAUCUGUCCACUGCACUGCUACAUGUUCUCAAUCAUACGGUCCUCCCACGGACCAAGCUGCAAGUUGAUCAUUCUGUCCUUUGCAAUGCGAGCCCACCGCUGUUCUCGGGCUCCUUCCGCCAUGAUCUGGGCCCUGAAGCAUAUGCAGACAUGUUGGAGCGGCAUGUCCCGGAGUAGCACUACGCUCUCUAUGGAGUCGCAAAGGGCCCGCUCUUCGUCUUUCAAGGCUACCGCGUACCAGGCAUUGAUCACCUGAAGCUUGAACGUAGCCAGGCACGGCGGCAGAGCAUUGACGAAGUUGCUGCGCAACUCGUCCACGGUGACCAGAUGCAACGCAAAAUAUUCCAACGCGGGUAGAUUCUCCAGGCACUGGGUGAUCACCGUGCUCGAGAGACGGCUGCAUCCCAGGAGGACCAGCUUCCGGAGUCUGGGCCCGUACGAGGCCGCCAGGGACUCGAGAUGGUGGUUACGGAUCUCGAAGCCGAGCCGGUGCCCGAGCGCGUACGUGAACGACUCGAGGUGCGCGUCCGGGAAGCACCGGUCCACGGUGUGCCUGUCGAAGUAGCUGCCCGUGACGCCGUGCAGGGUGACGUGCCGCAGGCAGGGCAUCCGCACCGCGUCGUGGGCCUCCGGCCGGGCCACGAUCUCCCCGGAGAAGCGAAGGGCGACGGCGCUGUCCGGGAGGACCGCGUCGAAGAUGUCGACGCGCGUGUCGGGGUUCAGGUAGAGCUCGUACGCCGCGAGCCGGGCGGGGCGCGUCGGGAACAUGGCGCGCUCGAAGCUCAGUCCGAGCCGGCGGGAUCCUGCGGGGAGAGGGGCGGGGUGUGUUUUUGUUUGCUUACCGGUCGUGCGUGGAGCGGACGCGCGCACUCACUGUGCAGGCUCAUCGUGUUCUGGAGGUUGAGGGGGAGGCCCUGGCGGCAGGGAAACACGCGCAAUCGGCGCAGGGAUGUCAUGCGGCCGAGCGCGAUGUGGAGGCUCGAGAGAGGCGUAUCGGGCGCUGCGUCUGCCUGAUCCUGCUUCGGAGAGUGGAAGACACGCCCGUCAUUGGCGACGUCUGCCCACUCUAUGCGCGAUAGGAGGGAAGGCGCGGCGUAGAGCACGAAGGCGUGUAUCUGGUGCUCGUGCAGAAGGGAGACGUAACGGCGGAAGGUGGUGCCCGCCUCUUCUGCGAUUUGGCGGCAGGUGUGAAGGAGCCGAAAGUGGGCGUUGGACGGCUGCAGUUUCUUGCGAACGUGCUGAUGGUCAGCCAGGACAUGGUCGUAAAUGUGGAGUCUGAGCUCUGUGGGUAGCUGGAGGAAGGAGGCCAUAGAGAGGGAAGGGACGAGAGCGUGGGCUCACAAACCACCUAUGAACGGAUGCGAAUAGC